AUGGAUCGGGUCAAGUACAAGAGAGCGGCCAGAAGUGCUCAAGUAACGAAGCUCUGCAACGAGGUUGCUGAGCUCCGAGCGGACCGAACAGCGACGGACGUAACGCUGAAAGCACUCUUGAGCAACCUUCAGAAUGCUGACGUGGCACUUCGAGCAGUGAACGACGAAAUCGAGCCUCUGUUUGGAGCAGAGGAGCUUGAAGAGGAGUAUCAGGGCGCAAUCAGCUACGAAGAGAAGACCGUAAAAGCCAUAGUGGAGAUCCAGUCACGUUUGGAUGAGUUGAGACUGGACCCUGCGCAACCACAGAGCGGAGUCAACCCUGUACAGUCACACAGCGGAGUCAACCCUGGGCAGUCGCAGAGCGGAGUCAAACUCCCGAAGUUGCAGCUUCAAACCUUCUCAGGCGAGUUGACCAACUGGAUAUCUUUUUGGGAGCAGUAUCGUACGGCAGUUGAUGAGAACGCAAGGUUGACGAAGAGUGAGAAAUUUCAAUACUUGAGGACCUUGUUGAAAGGAGAUGCAGCAUCAGCUAUUCGAGGUCUACAGGCAACUGCGGCGUGCUAUGACGAUGCUGUAGACAUACUGAAGCAGCGUUUCGGGAAUACAACCCGGAUAGAACGUGAGCACCUGUCAAGGUUACGAAAACUCCCACCAGUGAAGUCGACGGAAGAUGUCGUGGGACUUCGAGCACUUUACGAUCAUGUCCAGGCUCACAUGAGAGGACUUCGAGCGUUAGGAGUAACAAAGGAAAGUUAUGCUUCCAUGAUGGUAGACAUCCUUUUGUCGGCGCUUCCAGAAGCCCUAGUCAUAGACUACCAAAGGAGGACAGUACAUGACGCCAUGCGGUCAGAAAGUUUCGAAGCCAACCAGGAUGGACAAGGAGCAGCUCAGUCAGAAUCGACCGCAGAAACAGAGACAAAAGGACUGGAAGAGUUAAAAAAGUUGCUUAUAUACUUGCGAGUAGAAAUAGAGAGCCGAGAGCAGGUAGCAACUAAAAUUCGCCGUGACAGCUACCCCGAUCAGCGCCCCAAAGGCAAAAGGACUGGAGGUAUGACGACUGGAGCUGUGUUGUACGCUGGACUUGGGCAGCCUGGCGAAAAAAGGAACUGCUUUUUCUGCAGUGCCGCAGAUCACAGCACCGAGGACUGCAAAGCAGACAUUACCCUAGCGGAAAGGUUCAAGAAACUGGCCAAAGAUAUGAGGUGCUAUCGUUGUACCAAGAAGGGUCAUCGGUCAAAGGACUGCCGAGUAAAAGUGGAAUGCAGUAAGUGUCGAAGACGACAUGCGUCAUCGGUUUGUGACCCGUCUAGACAACCGGUAGAAAAGGCUCUGGUCAGUGAAGUGGUUACCACGACGAGCGUCUCUACAACGAACAAUCCACAACAGUGCGAGAGAGCAAGAGUAAUGCUGCAAACGUUCCGUGCCUGGGCAUCGUCGGACACCGAAUGCGCUUACCUGAGAGGCAUAUUCGACGGAGGAAGCCAGCGCACAUUUAUACGUGAUGACAUAGCCCGCAGGCUUAAGCUGCCAGUAAUUGGGCAAACAACGCUUCAGCUCAACACUUUCGCAGGCGAUGCCAGUCGGGACAAUAUUCGAAAGUGCAAAGUUGUCGAAGUUCGGCUAAGAAGUCAGUUCGCACCAAAGGAGUAUGUGGUUCGCGCAACCACCAUUGACUUCAUUUGUAAGGACCUCGAAGAAACUCCUGCCAGUAACGAAUUCGUGUCCUCUGUGCGUGUCCACGGCAACUUCAUCGCCGAUGACCUCUUAUUCCCUAGUGUACGGAGUGAAGGCGAAAUAGGACUACUCAUCGGAUGCGACGAGCUGUGGAAGUUGGUCUCAGGAGAAGUAAAGAGAUGCAAGAGUGACGGAAGACUGGUUGCAGUAGAAUCAGUUUUCGGAUGGACCUUUCAGGGGCCAACCACGGUGACCAGCUACAGUACUACAGACAGUUCAACGACAGCUGUGUGCAUACUGAAGGUUGGUGUGGGCACUUCUGAUGACGACAUUCUGAAACGUUUCUGGGAACUGGAUAAUCUAGGAAUAUCCCAGGAGCCUGACAGUAAACAGGAACACAACGCAGAGGUUCUGGAGGACUUCAUACAGAAGUUGGAAAGGAGGAACGGCCGUUAUGAGGUUGCGCUGCCAUGGAAGAUGGGCCUGAGUGCGCUAGAAGACAACUAUGCAGUAGCUAAAGACCGACUGCAGAGGUUAAUGAAACGACUGCAACGAGACAACACCGUACUGGAGUAUGAUGAAGCUAUCCGAAGUUACAUAAAAAAUGGUCAUGCCGAAGAAGUCAACGAGGACAACGGAUCCAGUUUGGUUUAUUACAUGCCACACCGAGCUGUCAUCCGGAACAACUCGAGUACAACAAGGGUACGAGUUGUAUUUGACGCCUCGUCACAUGCAGCAGGGGCAUUGUCUCUAAAUGAUCAUUUGGAAAAAGGGCCAAAGCUUAACACAGACUUAGUUGGAGUACUGCUACGUUUCCGGCUACACAAAGUGGCAUUGACAGCCGACAUCGAGAAAGCCUUUCUGCAGGUGGGAGUCCGGAGUCAAGACAGAGAUGCAUUGAGGUUCCUCUGGCUUUCGGAGAUUCCGACAGCAGACCAUCAGGAUCCACAGUUACAGUGCUGGAGAAUGAAGAGGGUGCCAUUUGGGACGACAGCGAGCCCCUUUCUUUUAAGCGCUACCCUGCAGCAUCACUUCAAGUCGUUUCUGGACGUCGAUGGAAAGUUGGCUGAGUCGUUGCUCAAUUCCUUUUACGUGGACGACCUGCUCACCGGAGCUCCAACCGUGGACGAGGCCCUGGAUAUAGCUUACAGAGCGCAAGAAAUAUUACUUGAGGCUGGUAUGAACUUAACAAAAUGGGCUUCAAAUGCUGCCGAGAUACAACAGGCAUUGUCACCACAAGAUAUCAGCUGUGGUGUGAAGAGGAAAUCAUUUAACGAGCCCGCCCAGGGCAAGGUGCUCGGUGUUGUCUGGAAUCGAGAACUUGACACGUUCACAUUCUCUGGAGAACAUCUGUUAAGCAUCAUUAGAGACACACAACUAAGCAAGCGGUCAGUGCUACAGGCCUCAGCUAGGAUAUUUGAUCCACUCGGCUUUAUUGCACCCUACACGAUCCGGGUCAAGAUCAUUUUUCAAGAACUAUGGAAGGCUGGACUACAGUGGGACGCUCCCCUACCGGCAGAUUUAGCGACCAUGUGGCGAUCCUGGAUUUCAGAGCUACCAGAGCUGUGCAGUAUAUCCUUGGAGAGGUGUUUGUUACCUGUCAACGGGACAGAAUACGUCUACGAGCUGCACGUAUUCACAGAUGCAUCACCACAAGCUUACGGGGCCUGCGCCUUUCUGCGAACGAAAAAUGAGUGUGAAGAAAGGAAAGUGCGACUGAUCUUCGCCAAGACACGUGUCGCGCCGAUCAAGACGCUCACGCUCCCACGGUUAGAACUAAUGGGAGCUGUGAUAGGAGUACGAAUUGCCAAUUUCGUCAGAUCGUCGCUGGCGGUGGUAGUAAAAGGUGUGACAUUCUGGACAGACUCUACAAUUGCUUUGAGUUGGAUCAAGGGUGACGCUACGCGGUGGAGACCGUUUGUACGGAACAGAGUCGUCGAGAUCCAAGUACACAGUGAAGCGAAGCAGUGGAGGCACUGCCCAGGGAGCGAGAACCCGGCCGACGCACUGACAAGAGGACUUACCGUCAAGAAGCUGAUCGACGAGAGGCAAUGGUUCGAAGGUCCCGGCUGGCUAACUAAGAACGAGGAAUUAUGGCCAGACAUAACGUCUAAAGGUCCAAGCUGUCUCGACUCCGUUGAAGACGAGCGAAGAACAGAAACCGUGACCAUGACUCACACUGAAGAGAGUCCCAUUCCUGCAUUAUUUGAUCUGAGUAGACACAGUAACUACCAGCGCGUGCUGCGCGUUACAGCGUGGAUCACGAGGUUUAUUCGGAACUGUCGUUCAACAUCAAAAAUCGGUGGUUCACUCAGUGCUACUGAAAUUGGAGAGGCGGAAGAUUUCUGGACCAGACAUGUACAGACAGAAGCUUUUCCAGAAGAAAUGACUGCGUUGAAAGAGAAGGGGGCUAUCUCCAAUACGUCGAAAAUAGCACAGUGGCGGCCCUUCUUGGACGACAACGGAGUCCUACGUUUGACAGGAAGACUGCAGUACUCCAACCAUACGGAAGGGGUAAAGCACCCAAUACUACUGCCCAAACAACAUGCAUUCGUGGCGCUCCUGGCUGACAAUGCUCAUCGGCGAAUGCUCCAUGGCGGGGUGCAGUCCUCACUGACAGCUUUGAGAGAGCGUUGGUGGAUUAUCAAAGCGAGGCAGUUGGUAAAGUCCAUCGUGCACCGAUGUAAGGUCUGCGCAAAAUUUCGUGUACCGAGAGGAGCAGCACCUACUGCGCCUUUACCAACAGAGCGUUUGACACCCACACACCCCUUUGACACUACCGGCAUAGACUUCGCUGGACCCCUGUACAUCAAGGAGGCUUCGGGAUCGUCUACCAAGUCAUAUAUUGCAUUGUUUACGUGUGCGACGUCGAGGGCCGUACACUUAGAACUUGUUAUGGACUUAACCACGAAGUCAUUCAUCAGGGCGUUCCGGCGCUUCAUUUCAAGGAGGGGAACUCCGUCGACUAUAUUUAGUGACAAUGCACUGACCUUUAAGAAAGCAGCCAAGGAUAUAGGGAAGCUUUGGAGCGCCAUACGGAGCCAAGAAGCGCAGGAUUUCGUAGCCACAAACCGAAUAAGUUGGAAGUUUAUUGUAGAGAGGGCGGCCUGGUGGGGCGGAAUGUGGGAGAGGAUGGUGCGCACAGUUAAAGCUUCCUUGAGGAAGGUGCUCGGACGUCAAUGCCUUACGUACGAAGAAAUGAUGACGUUACUGCACGAAGUAGAGGCAGUGGUGAAUUCUAGACCACUCACUUUCUUACAUUCCAACCCAGAUGAGCCCAGCGCUCUCACUCCCGGUCACCUACUUAUAGGAAAAAAUCUAAUAGCACUUCCAGACACAAAGGACGCAUCAUCAGUUCCCUGUACCAAGACUGACACCACCAACAGAAGAUGGAUGUAUAGACAAAGACUUGCGGACCUUUUUUGGAAGAGGUGGAGACAUGAAUAUCUGCUCGAACUACGAUCUGCCCAUCAAUCCAACCAGGUUCCCGAGUCGCGCACAGUGUCAAGAGGUGACGUUGUCAUUGUCCAUCAAGAUAAGGUUCCAAGACAUCUGUGGACACUAGGUCGAGUCACGGAAGUCUACAAGGGAAGAGAUGGAAACAUUCGGUCGUGCGAGUUAAGACUUCCAAGCGGCCACACUACGCGCCGACCAGUACAAUUGGUGUAUCCCCUGGAGGUUCAAGACCGCGAGUGUUGA